AUGCCCACCUAGCUGGAGAUGGCCACGGACACCAUGAUUAGAAUCUUCCACCGGUACUCUUGCAAGGAAGGGGACAGAUACAAGCUCAACAAGGGGGAACUGAAGAUGCUCCUACAGCGAGAGCUCACAGAAUUCCUCUCGUGCUAAAAGGACCCCUCGUUGGUUGAUAAGAUAAUGCAGGACCUGGACGCCCAUAAAGACGACGAAGUGGAUUUUAAUGAAUUCGUGGUCAUGUUGGCAGGUCAGAUAGUUGCUUGUAAUGAUUACUUUACAGACCAACUGAAGAAGAAAGGAAAGUAA